AUGGCCAUCACCAAAGUUUUUGCUCGUUACGUUUACGAUUCCCGUGGUAACCCAACCGUCGAAGUCGACGUCACCACCUCCAAGGGUCUCUUCCGUGCCAUUGUUCCAUCUGGUGCCUCUACCGGUAUCCACGAGGCUUUGGAAUUGAGAGACGACGACAAGUCCAAGUGGUUGGGUAAGGGUGUCUUGAAGGCCCUUGCCAACGUCAACGACGUCAUUGCCCCAGCCUUGAUCGCUGAAAACAUUGAUGUCACCGACCAGGAAGCCGUCGAUGCUUUCUUGAACAAGUUGGACGGCACUCCAAACAAGGCUAAGCUCGGUGCCAACGCUAUCUUGGGUGUUUCCCUUGCUGUCGCCAAGGCCGGUGCCGCUGAAAAGAAUGUUCCAUUGUACCAGCACUUGGCUGACUUGUCUGGUACCAAACAGCCAUUUGUUCUCCCAGUUCCAUUCCAGAACGUCCUUAACGGUGGUUCCCACGCCGGUGGUGCUUUGGCCUUCCAGGAGUUCAUGAUUGUCCCAGCCAAUGCUCCAAGCUUCUCCGAAGCUUUGAGAAUCGGUUCCGAAGUCUACCACAACUUGAAGUCUUUGGCCAAGAAGAGAUACGGCCAGUCCGCCGGUAAUGUCGGUGACGAAGGUGGUGUUGCUCCAGAUAUUUCUACUCCAAAAGAGGCCCUUGACUUGAUCGUCGACGCUAUUGCCGCUGCUGGUUACACCGGCCAGGUUAAGAUUGCCUUGGACGUUGCUUCCUCUGAGUUCUACCAUGACGGCAAAUACGACUUGGACUUCAAGAACCCAGAAUCCGACCCAACCAAGUGGUUGACCGGUGAAGAAUUGGGUGCCUUGUACAUCAAGUUGAUUGAAGAGUACCCAAUUGUUUCUAUCGAAGAUCCGUUCGCCGAAGACGAUUGGGAUGCUUGGGUCAAGUUCUACGACCAGGUUGGUGAGAAGAUCCAACUUGUCGCCGACGAUUUGACUGUCACCAACCCUAUCAGAAUCAAGACUGCCAUUGAUAAGAAGGCUGCCAACGCUUUGUUGUUGAAGGUCAACCAGAUCGGUUCUUUGACUGAGUCUAUCAAGGCUGCCAAGGACUCCUACGCCGCCAACUGGGGUGUCAUGGUCUCCCACAGAUCUGGUGAAACUGAAGACACCACCAUCGCUGACUUGGCUGUCGGUUUGAGAGCUGGCCAAAUCAAGACUGGUGCUCCAGCCAGAUCCGAGAGAUUGGCCAAGUUGAACCAGAUCUUGAGAAUCGAAGAAGAGUUGGGUGACAAGGCCAUCUACGCUGGUAAGGAUUUCCGCAAGUCUGCUGCCAUCUAA